UUGACCGUCAGCCGAUUGAACCAGCUGAAUCAGAGCAGCAGACACCGAGUGAGGGCCGCCAGAAGGAUACAGUUGGGAAGGAUUUGCCCGUUCACGGAUCGAGAAAAAGCUACAGCAAUGUUCUCCUCUUCUCCUCUCCCACAGCUACAUUGCAAGCUCUUUUCAAAAAUGGGUGACGACAGACCUUUUGUGUGCAAUGCUCCUGGCUGUGGACAGAGGUUUACCAAUGAGGACCAUUUGGCGGUACACAAACACAAACAUGAGAUGACCCUGAAAUUUGGACCAGCCAGGACCGACUCUGUUAUCAUAGCAGAUCAGACACCAACCCCCACCCGCUUCCUGAAAAACUGCGAGGAAGUUGGUUUGUUUAAUGAGCUGGCCAGCUCGUUUGAACAAGAUGAUGAAGAAAAGAGGGCCAAAAAUUCUCUCCCCGCUGGCAGCUCUGUGGCUCUGGACAUGAGCCUGCAGACACCAUCAGAGCCGAAGGUGAAGGAGGAGGAUCCUGUAGAAGUUGACUCCUCGCCACCGGACAGCCCUGAAUCGAUAUCUGGGAAUUCAGACAGCAGCCUCGAGUCUGCAGUUAAAGGAAAGGACACGCCACCGAGGAAUUCAGCCCCCACCCCAACUAUUGUGCGUCCAGGUUCCCUUCCGCUACACUUGGGCUUUGAUGCUCUUCAGCCAACCAUGCCUUCGCCCACCUCUGUCAUCACACAGGCGCCACCCUCGAAUCGCACUCUGGGUUCACCAACUAGCCAUUACCCAAUGAUGAUGCUUCCCUCUGGUCAGGCAGUGCCCGUCCUCCCUGGUCCGGGGCAUAUUCCCUCUGUCAUCAAUCUGGCUCGACCCAUGUGCAUGGUACCCAACAUUCCUGGGAUCCCUGGUCCCCCUCUGGGAGGCAGCAGCAGUGGCUCAAACUCCCCCUCUGGCUACAGCAUCCACUCAGAGGCCAAGAUGCGUCUGAAGGCUGCACUGUCCCAGCAGAGCCCAUCGGGGCACAGUAUGGGUGUCAUGGCCAUGAGCAGCAGCCCCAUGGUCCCUCAAAGGGCGGAGCAGAGCCAGCUGCUUGUCCAGCAGCCAGAUGCUCCGUCACCUGCACAGCCUCAGGUAUCUCCCGCUCAGCCCACAGGUGGGCGUCGGCGGCGGACAGCAGACGACGACCCAGAUGAACGGAGGCAGCGCUUCCUGGAGAGGAAUCGGGCGGCGGCAUCACGCUGCAGACAGAAGCGCAAACUGUGGGUCAGUUCUCUGGAGAAGAAGGCUGAGGAGCUCAGCUCUCUGAACGUCUCGCUGUCGAACGAGGUGUCUCUCCUACGGAAUGAAGUGGCUCAUUUGAAGCAGCUGCUGCUGGCCCACAAGGACUGUCCUGUAACCACCCUACAGAAGAAGAGCGCCUACUUAGACGAGAGCAUGAAAGACAACUCGGAGACCACAGGUUCCCCGGCCCCAGUGAUUCAGCACAGUUCUUUGGCGCCCAGCCCCUCUGCAGGCCAAAAUGGCCUGAGCUCAAGGGCAGCAGCUGAGGCCAUGGCAAUGUCCGUGCUGGCAGGAAUGGGCCAGCAGCAGAGGUCUGAGGGCGGACCCUCUCACAUUAUCAUGGCUGCACAGUCUCAAUCUGCCGCCAGAUGAUGAGCAGCGCCACCAUGGCCCAGACUCGGCUCAUCGCCCAGGGGUAGAAAAGACUCCCAACGUCCCUGACCUUAAAGUCCAGAUUUCACAGCCCCACCCCGCUCCCCCUCUUGUCUGUCCCCAUUCUGAACCUUCCCAUGGAGCCAUCAUGCUGUGGCCUGGAGCUCAGCAGCAGCCUUCUGGUAAUGGACUGAAACCUUUGAGAGAGCUUCCUGUUCACUUUGCCACAGACUACAGGGGCUGGACUCCAAUAUCCCUCUUACUCACCUGCCCUCGGCCUCUUUCAAAAGGACUUUUCAUCGGACUGUAAGGGCCUGCGUCGAGUACUCUGCCAUGAUGAACUGCCCGUCUGAACCUCUCACGCACUCGCGCACGGUUUUCAAACACCCCAGUGUUACACGGACGUGUUGGAUCAAAGCCGACACCAGGCAACACACCGGGACGCACGCCGUCUCCAGCAAGGAACGGCGCCUUUUGCUCCUCGCCUUUUUAGCCACGCUCACACCCACACACACCAUCACAAAGCGUUCCCCAACACAUCUUUAGCUCAGAAGGUGCAAUAUUAGUUCUCUGACAUAGACAUUCAUAUCCCAGUUCUCCACCUUUUGCAAGUGGUUCCACUUAAAGGCUAAUGUCAACAUGGACCCAGAAACCUUACCUCAUUUCAGACCCUUUAUGAUAAAAUGUGUUAGGUGUGUGAGUUUUCUAUUUAUGAACACCAGAACAUAGCAGUUUGCCUCCUCCUAAUCUGACGCAUCAUUAUCUGGAUUGUUAGCAUGCAACUUUUUCUAAAUGAGUGUAAUGUACUGAUAAUGUAUGUGCAGCUACAUAUAUAUAGAUAUAUAUAUAUAGAUAUAUAUAUUAAAAUAAUUGGCACAUCUUUCCAGAUUCACAGAACUUAAAAUAUGUCAAAUCUACAAAUUUCCCAUUUAACUUGAGGGGAAUUAAGUCCCUCCCAUCCUUCACACUUUUUUAAAGUAGAGAUUUGAAAUAGGUGGGAUGCUCAGCUGGUUUGUAAGUGUGUUGCCUUUUGUAUUUUAUAUGAAAUUUACUCUCAUGACUGUGUUCCCGUGUGUGGGUCCUGGACUUGGUGUAACUGUUAUUUUCACACACUUCUCAGGAUGGUUGCAUGUCCUUGCUGCUCGUUGGAAGUGCGACAAACCCUUUUUAGUCUCUUUGGUCUUUACCAAACCUAAACAAGCCAUAUAUGACAAUACACCUGAUAUCUGGAUCUCCAAAGACCACUUUAUACUUGUUGUGAAACAGGAAUCAAAAAGCCUGACUGUUAUUUUGUGAUGCAGAGGUUAUAGAAACACAGUCUCCAGCUUGUCACUGCUCGUUUAUUGCACUUAGACACAGUCUCACACACAUUUGAGGAUAUUUUGCCUUAAGAUCACAUUGGUGCCUCCAGUAUCCCCGUGUUGAUAUGUAGAGAUUUGGGAGAAAAAAAACACAUGACAGAGCUGGUAGGAGGAAGAAAUACACUUGUCUUAAUUCAGGUCAUCAAAUGAAAAACAGCCAAUGAGGAACAAAAAGGUCCAAUAACUUUGCUGAGUUUCCUCAAAGCCUUCAAAUUUAGUCCUUACUUAACUCACAAGUCUCUGCGAAAGAAAACGUGUAGUAAGUGGGACAGUUCUUGCCUGUCAUCUGGUGGAGGAACGCCACAAAGACAUUCUUAGCGGUCAAAGCUUUAAGGGCAGAGACAUCUUGUGACUGUUUCUGAAAGGCUCCAAGAUAUUUUAUUCAGAUGACGAUAUACCUGUUAUUGUUUUCUUUUUUUUUGGCAUAAACUCUGAAGCAAGUUUUUCUGUUUUCUUGUUUUGUUUUCCUUUUCUUGUAUGUUCGUCUUCCCUUUGUUUAUGAUCAUAUACUUACAAGAUGCGAUAUCUGAAAAGCAGGAUGUCUGUCUGUAAUCAUAAGGACAUCUGUAUGCACUAAUGGAAUGAGAGGUAAUCGUUGCUUUGUAUUUCUGCAGGUUUGUUCAAGGUUUCGCAGCUCUCGUCCUCGUGGCCCUUUUUUCUUUUUGCUCCCAAAUCAGACUUUUUUUCCCCACAAUGUUUUUUCCUUACUGUAUACACAAAUGGGAAUUAGCGAAGCGACUUUAAUACCUUACCCAUAGACUGAUCCUCUCUCUCAUCCUACAGUCCCAAUGGCGACCGUGGCAUUUUGUUGUACUCGCCAGCCCUAUAUAUUUAGCUGGUGGUCCCAUAUAGACGAUUAUUCAUAUGAAAUGAAAAUUCAAACUAUAUUUAGUGUUCAUAUUUUUGUGUCAUUUGUGUCUUGGGCACCUUUUUUUUUCUUUUUGUGGUGUGCUGUUUUCAGCACUAUUCAAUCUCUCAAAGAUUUUUCGGUUGUACUGAUGAAAAUAGAGACUAAUUUCUUUAACACAGAGUUGUUCUGUUUGUUUUCUCUAAAGAAAGAUAUUUUUUCAAAAAAGGAAUGUUACCACAUUUUGUUAUACAUUUUUUAGAUGAAAUUGGGUCGUGUCCUUGUCUAACUUAUUAAUAUAUUUUUUUAAUUGGUCAAAUUACAAAAUCCAGUUCUGUCUUUGGCCCUUUUUCGGUUUCAGUUGUCAAAAGAGAAGUUCGUUUUAAAAGAUGCGAAAGUUUCACUCAGAAUAUUAAUGGUUUUUCACACUCCCAUUGUUGGACUGACGAUUGCAUAAAAAAAAAUCUUGUACUGUACAUAUCUGUACUAUAUGAAUAUAUAUACUUUUCCAUGCAUGUCCAAGUGGAAUACAACAAACACUUACAGUGCUGCAGUUUUAAUUAAAGAAACUACAUCUUAAUGAAUGCCACAUUGUUUUGCCUCUUCAG